GCUCCCUGCAGGUGCCCGGCGGGCUCUGGCGGCGAGAGGGUCCCAGCGCGCUGCCCCCGGGAGGAGUCGGACGCUGCCCGGACGCCCCGCAUGGCUCUGUGCCCGGCGCCCGAGGCCCGGGUGCGCCUGGUGCUCUUCGGGGCGGCGGGCGUGGGCAAGACGGCGCUGAUCCGCCGCUUCCUGCAGGACACGUUCGAGGCGCGGCACCGGCGCACGGUGGAGGAGCUGCACCUGCUGGAGCUGGAGCUGGAGGCGGGCUCCGGGCUGCGCCUCCGCCUGGAGAUCCUGGACACGAGCGGCAGCUACAGCUUCCCGGCCAUGCGGCGCCUCUGCAUCCGCCGCGCCGACGCCUUCGCCCUGGUCUACUCGCUGCAGGAGCCCGACUCCUUCGCCGAGGCGCAGCGGCUGCGGGACGAGAUCCUGGAGGCCAAGCGGGGCGCGGUGCCCAUCGUGGUGGUGGGGAACAAGAGCGACCUGGCGCCGGGCGAGCCCGACCCGCGCAUCGCCGCCGCGCAGCGGGACUGGGGCUGCCCCUGCCUAGAGGCGUCGGCCAAGCAGGGGCGCAACGUGGUCGGCCUCUUCCAGGAGCUGCUGAGCCAGGUCAACCUGCCCGGGCGGCUCAGCCCGGCCCUGCAGCGCCGCCGGCCCCAGACCUUCUCCAAGGAGCCGCCCCGCCGGAGCGGCAAGAGCCACAGCUGCGCGGUCUGCUAGGGCCCGGCGGGGCUGAGAGCGGGCCCCAGUGCCGGGCGGGAGAGGGUCCCCCAGCAGCUGGAGAGAGCCGGGCCGGAGCUGCCUGCAGGGCGCGCCUGAUCCGCCCGCUGCGAGUGACCCGUUCGGGAUUGUUCCCCGCGUGCCAGCGCGGGGAGGAGCGGCCUCUGCUCCCCAUGUACCCGGCCUCUGCUCCCCUUGUACCCCGCCUCCAGGCGCCGGCUAGAAGGGGGGUCCCUGUCGGCGGCAGCAGCAGGCUCAGGGUGUUCCUGUGCCCUGCGUGCGCCCACGGGCGGCUCUCCAGGGCUGUGCGCUCCGGGCCUGGGGAACCCCAGCCUGGCCGAGCCGGAGAGCUUCGGGAGCAAGGGGUCGGAGCCGAGCAACGAGCCCGGCGAGAGUGCGGGGGCUGUGGCUGUCUCUCUCCCUUUUGCUGGGUUCUGAGGGCAAGGGAAGCCUCAAAGGCAGCUCCCUGCCUCUCAUUAGCUUGUACCGGACCUCUGGGGAUGCCGCUGGGGGUGUCCCAAUCUCGGCGUCAGUAGGGUGAGCGCUCACACCGCCUCUGCCAAAGCCUGGCUUUCUCCAUAAUCACCUCGUCACUGAGGUUACAGGGCUCCUAAAACCAGAGCUGUAAACGGGCGGGCUCAAAAGCCGCUCCGGGCCCAGGACGUAGCUGCCAGGGGCCUGACCUUGUUCUAGGGGGUUUGCUGAGGGCAGCUGAGUUUCUAAUAUCGAAAUAAAGCAGCUCAGCUGCUCCCACUUGGCUCCUGCAAUGAGCCCCACCACUCACCUCCCUGGCACAGCGUGCCCCCCCUUCCUUGGAGGGGCCUGGUCAGCUGGGCGGGGCAGUGCUUCCUAUGCAAUGAAGGAGCUGCUGGGGCUCCUAAGAUUUGCUUACACUCCUGCCUGACGCAGCGAGCCCAGAGGGGCCGGCCGGGGCUCAGCCCUGGCACAGACUAAGCACGGCAGAGGGGGCGGCCCUGGCCGGGAAGCCCCUCAGGCUGGGAGGCCAAAUGAGCCCAGGCUCUGCGCCGCAGCUCCCCCGCCGCGCUGACAGAGAGGCGAGGAUGGAUGCCUCUGGCACCUCUUACUCCAGGGGAGCAGCCCCAGCCGCCUAGAAAUCUAGCCAGCUGUGGGGGGAGCCUGGAAAGGUGAAGCAAGGGCGUAUUGUAGAACGCGGCCCCCACCAAAACAGGGCUCCAGGAAUGACACUGUAAGGGGACCAGACCUAUGUUAAGCUACUUGGUCCAGGACAACUCUAGCUUCCUGUAAUAAAUCACUGUGUGGCACAAGUCCCUGUGUCUAAGUGCCUUGGUCCUUAAAGCUCUGCCGCCGGCUGAGGUCGGCAGAGCCCUGUUAGCAAGGGCCCGCAGCCCUGGGAGUGCUGUUCUCUAGCUCCCUGCUUCCCAUACUCUUCAGAGGCUGUAGCAGCUGCUCCCUCCCCGUUAAGUGGAACCAGCUCUAAUUCAUGGCUCGGGGCCAAGAUUUUAGGAAUGUAAAAGUGCCUCAGAAUCCAAACUCUGCUGCCAGUUAGUACCCACUUCUCUGCUUGGGUGCAGCUGCAGCACCUGCCCAGAGGUCUGUGUUACAUGGACCCUUAGUCGGAGCUCAUGCCCCUGGGAAGGGUGAGUCUGGCCUUCUUGAAAGGGAUUGCUCCUAUCUAUUUUAGAGUUUUAUGUGGCUGUGUGGCUACAGUUAUGUGAACAUCUUUCCCCAGAAGUCCCUGACAACUCUCUCUCUUGGGGUAAAAUCAUAGAAUCAUAGAAUAUCAGGGUUGGAAGGGACCCCAGAAGGUCAUCUAGUCCAACCCCCUGCUCAAAAUCUCUGUUUGGAAUAGGGUUGGGGGUAGGGUAUUUGGUUAAGGACUUGUUUAAUUUCCCUUUUUGGCACUAUUCUAUCCCUUCGCUAACUACACAGACUGAUGCAAGAUAAAAACAACUCUCAAAUAUGGAGUCUGAGCAAGCAAAUUUAUGUUCACAUCAAUCUUACUGGAAAGAAUGUUUGCAUGCUUUAACCUGCACAAAUGAAGACUUAGACUUGCACCUUUUAA